AUGGCCAGCGAAAGUAGCGACAGCGAGGGCUAUAUUUCGGAAGAUGACCAUGAUGUUCUACUUGUGGACAAGAGAAAGUUCCAAGGUAAAGAUGUCUUCGAUGAUCAGAUUGAUAGUGAAGAAGAAGACAGCGAAGUAGAUACUGCAGGCCAAGUGAGCAAGUCACGUAAAAAGGCUUCUGCACAUGAACUUGAGGAAAACCCAAAACCUGUUAGUUCAGAAGAUAUCAAACAGGAAAAGUUGGAGAGACUCAAGAAACUCAGAGCGUCAAAAAAGAGUAAGCACAAGACUGGAGUGGUUUAUCUUUCCAAGAUUCCACCUUACAUGAAGCCCGCUAAGAUGAGACAAAUUCUUUCAAGGUUUGGAGAAGUUGAUCGACUAUUUUUGAAGCGCGAGGACGAACAGAGACAUAAGAAUAGAGUCAAAGGCGGUGGCAACAAGAAGGUUAUGUUUGAAGAGGGCUGGGCUGAGUUUGUGCGUAAAAAAGAUGCCAAGCUUUGCGCAAGUACACUUAACGGUAACAUUCUUGGAGGAAAAAAGGGCAGCUUCUACCACGAUGAUGUUAUGAAUGUCAAGUAUUUGUCGGGUUUCAAGUGGGCUGAUCUUACAGAACAAAUAGCUCGUGAGAACGAUGUGAGACAAGCAAAAUUGCAGCUCGAGGUGUCUCAAGCUAACAAAAUGAACGCAGAGUUCAUUCGGAACAUUGAAAAGAGCAAAAUGCUAAACAACAUAAGAAGCAAAAAGCGUUCGAACGUCUCCGAAGCCACGAGCAAUGAAAACUCUGAUUCGCAGCCUGCUCCUGCUCAUUUUAAACAGCGGAAGGUCACUACUAAUAGAGCAUCUGGUCCAGAACACCUUAAGAAGGCAUCUUCUGGCCGUCUCGAGGGAGUUAUUAAGAACUUACUUUGA